AUGUAUGCGCUUCAUGUGAACGUGAAGAAAGCCAAUCAUCUGAAAAACAAGGAAAUAUCAGGAAAAAGCGAUCCAUAUGUGAUUGUAGAUUUCCAAGGUACAAAACAGAAGACUAAAGUGAUAGAAGACGAACUCGAUCCAAUAUGGAACGAGACUGUAACAGUCGAUUUAAAAGGGAAGCCUUUAGUUGCAUCAGACAAAAUACUUCUCAAAGUAAUGGAUUUCGACAAAGUCACACCAGACAAAUUCCUUGGACAAGUGAUAAUUCCUCUACAAUCUGUAUUAGCAACAAAGGAUGAGGUACCAAUUUGUGUGGCAUUACAGAAUAAGAAAGGUCAAGAUAGUACGUCAACGAUAGAAGUUUCACUACGCUACCAAACUCCGGCAAAACCUCCAGGAGCCUUAGCAAGUAAUGAAAUAGAACAAGCGACUGGCGGUGCAGGUGGAGGUGGAGGUCCUGGCGGCGGCGGCGGCGAUGUUGGCACAGACGCUGGUCAACUGGCUGAUGGUGAUGCUGGAGUGAAACGUAAAAAGAGGCUAGGGUUAACCGGUGGUCAAGCAAUUCGUCCACAAUAUUCAACUAAAAAACAAGAUUUCCAGAUCCGUGUUAAAGUUGUUGAAGCACGUCAACUACAAGGUGCGAAUAUCUCACCAAUAUGUAAAGUAACCUGUUGGAAAGAAAGCAAAGAUACACGUGUACGCAAUUCUACUAAUUCACCAUUUUGGGAUCAAAUAUUCUUCUUCAAUUAUUUUAAUUCAGCUGCUGAACUCUUGGAUCAACAACUCGUCUUCACUGUCUACGAUUCACGUCGACUUCGACGUGACUCAUUGAUUGGUUCAUUUAAAUUUGAUUUAUCACUUGUUUAUGAAUCUGAACGUCAUUCAAUGAUUAAUAAAUGGUUGCUAUUGUGUAAUCCAGAAGAUCCAAUGUCUGGUGCAAGAGGUUAUUUGAAAAUAUCAGUUGUUAUCCUGGAACCUGGUGAUGAAGCACCCAGUAUGAAAGUCACUGAAGCCGAUGAAAAAGAAGAUAUCGAAGGAAAUCUUCUACGUCCAGCUGGUGUACAACUGAGGCCAGCGAUUUUUAAAAUACUACUAUAUAUGGCUGAAGAUUUACCAAGAAUGGAUUCUGAUGCAUUUAAGGGAAUUAAGAAUUUAAUUAGUAAAUCAGAUGAAGACAAAGAAUUUGUUGAUCCUUAUGCAAUGGUUUCAUUUGCUGGAAAAUCCAUUAAAUCAAGUACAAAAUAUGGUACAGAUCAUCCUGAAUGGAAUGAAGAAAUUACAAUGAAUAUACAGUUUCCAUCUAUGUGUGAGAAACUGAAAUUCACCUUCUACGAUUGGGAUCGUAUUGGUUAUGAUGAUCCUAUAGGAACAGGGAUAAUUUCUAUAUCACAAAUAUCAGCUUUUCGUGAUGACACUAGCGGAUUUUUGCCAACUUUUGGUCCAAGUUUUGUUAAUCUCUAUGGUUCACCAAGAGAAUACAGUGAUCUACCAGAUAAAUAUGAAGCAUUAAAUUUAGGCAAAGGACAAGGUGUAGCCUAUCGUGGUCGUGUUCUAUUGGAAUUAUCAACUGAAUUGCUAGAUGAACCAACUGCUGAUGUUGUAAAACCAUUGGAACCGGAUACAAUAGCCAGAAUACAGAAAUCUUUACGACGCAGAAAAUAUCAAUUAUAUGUAGCCUUUCUAUCAGCUACAAUGAUUGAAGAGAAACGUGAUGGACCAAUUGAAUUUGAAGUCAGCAUUGGAAAUCAUGGAAAUAAAUUGGAUGAAUCAGUUACACCGUGUGCAUCGACUACACCGCCAACAAAUCCUGUCUCUGAUGGAUUACACUAUUACUAUUUACCAUGGAGUGAAGAUAAACCAUGUACAAUGGUUGAUUCACAAUGGGAGGAUAUAUCAUUUCGUUUAGGUGCAGUGAAUCUGUUAUUAAGAAUUGCUGAUCAUUUGGCUAAAGGGAUUAAUCAUAUAACGCUUGCUAUAAAAGCCAAUCUACCGAUUGAAACUCAAGCACAGCUGGCUAUCUCAUCAUUGGAUGAAUUUAUUAUGGACUGCAAUCGAGGUCUACCACAAUGGGAACCAGAAAAUAUACCACAGAAUGAUAUGGAUAUACAUUUGCGUAAAUUACGUGAAGAUCAACUGAAUGCACUACGUGAACAAGCAUUGAAUACACGUGAAACAGUGUCUGAAAUUGAAGAUGCUUUGAAAGAAUUAAAGUCAUACAGAGACAGUAUUCUUAAAUUAGCUAUUGAACCUCAAAUGAGUAUACCAGAUAUAAUAAUAUGGAUGUUAUGCGGAGGUAAACGUAUUGCCUAUCAUAGAAUACCUGCACAUGAAGUAUUAUACCAUACUAAUGAAGAUUAUCGUGGCAUGGAAUGUGGUAUACCACAAACAAUCAAUUUAAAAAAACCUCUUUUACUUAAAGAUGAAAAUAAAGUCGAAUGGAAAAUUCCAGCUCAAAUACGUGCUGUCAUCUGGUUUGGAUUAGAGAAGGAUAGGGCUGCUUGGACUGAAUCACAUUCUGAAUCAAAACUUCAAGUUGUUGCAGAAACGUAUGAAAAUCAAGCAUCUAUUGUUGGCAGUUGGGUAACUAAACGACCACCAUUAACUCGUCCAGCCUGGUCAGAUAAUACUGGUCGUAUUGAAUUAACUAAAGAAUCGAUUCAAUUACCAACUGGUUGGGAAUGGAUUGGUGAUUGGUAUGUUAGUCCAGAAGUUUCAUUAUUAUAUAAAAAAGAUGCAGGUAAAACAAGUUUUGUUGAAGAAUUAUUUUACAAUGAAUCUCGUACUCCAACAAGUCCAUGGAAAGCAUCUGAACCAGUGUAUACAGAUGCACAAGGUGAACCAAAAUGUGAACCAAAUUAUGUUGAAUUACCAGCUGGUUGGACAUGGGGUGAUGAAUGGAAAAUUGAUUUUAAUCGUCCAUGUGAUGAAGAUGGUUUUGAGUAUACAAUUGAAGCAACUACCGGGGGUUAUGUAGCCUCUGAAAAGCUAUAUCAUAUGUUCCGUAGACGUCGAUUAAUACGUACACGUAUACUUGGUGAAGUUGGUGUACCAGUGAAACAAGAGGUUCUAAGACAAGUGAUAGCCCACGAGCAAGUAGCCCGUUUAUCCUUAUUAAGAAGUUUAAGUGCCGAACCCGCUGAAUCAUGGGAAUAUGCCUUCAAUUUUGAUUCCAAAUUUCAUACAAAAGAACGUAAAUUGGAUAUGGUACGAAGGAGACGUUGGCAUCGGGCAUUGGCUCCAAUUGAAUCAAGUACAGAAACAACUAUGUGUCUUUUACAAAUAAGAAAUAAUUCAAAACAGGCGGAGAGUAGUUUGAAGUUGAAAAAAAAAGAGAAUCUCACUGUACCAAGAGUAUUUAUGCGUUUUCGAACAUCACAUAUAUGGCAUUUACGAGCUUAUAUUUUUCAAGCACGUAGUAUUUUAGCCGCUGAUAACUCUGGAUUAUCUGAUGCCUAUGUACGAUGUUCAUUUCAAGGUUAUAGUCAAGAGACACAGAUUAUUCAACAAUCAUUAUGUCCAACAUGGGAUGAAACAUUAAUCUAUGAACAAAUUGAAAUGUGUGGUGAUCCAAAGUCUAUAGAAUAUAGUCCACCACCAGUUGUUCUUGAAUUAUUCGAUUAUGAUCAGUUGAGUUCAGAUCAUUUCUUAGGUAGAUUACAGAUUACACCAGUUGUUCGUUUAGAUCCAGAAACAUCCUGGAGAAAUAUACUUCAAUGGUAUACAAUUGAAAAACAAGGCAAAAAAGCUGGAGAUAUAUUAGCUGCAUUUGAAUUAAUUUUGCUUGACGGUAAAACUCCACCACCACCACCUACACGUCGUGGAGAAUUAUUCAAUGUUCCUGAAGGUAUACGUCCAGUACUUCAACGUACUGGUAUAGAAAUUCUCUGCUGGGGUGUUCGAUCAAUGCGUAAAUAUAAACUAUCCAGUGUUAAUUCACCAUCAGUAGAAUUUGAAAUUGGUGGUAAAGUGGUUGAAUCAACAAUUAUUAAAAGUGUUAAAAAGAAUCCAAAUUUUUCAUUACCAUUAUUAUUUUUGGAUGUUUUAUUACCAAAAGAAGAAAUCUAUUUACCACCAAUGAAUAUUUGUGUACGUGAUCAUCGAGCUUUUGGUCAAAAACCAAUUGUUGGUGUACAUGUACUGACAGAUUUUCAAGAGUUCAAAGUACUGCCAAGAACAUCACAAACAGAUAUAUUGAUGGAUAUACAAACUUUAACUGAUAGUUCUCCGUUAACACCAGAGCCCGCUUUAACUGAUCCCAGUGUAGUGAUACAUUCACCAAGUAAAGCGAAACAGAAGAAAAAAUAUAUGGAUCUUAAACAAAUUGAUGAUAAAGUUGAUUGGUGGUCGAAAUUCUAUGCAUCAGUUGGUGAAUGGGAUAAAUGUUUAAAGUAUAAAGAAUUUGGUUAUGAUACAAUAUGUGUAUAUCCUCAUCCAUUGGAAGAAGUUGAAGGUUUUCAUGGUUUUAAGGAUUUUUGUAAUACAUUUACCUUAACUCGAGGUAAAAAUGUUGAUGCAGAUGAAGAUAAUUAUGCUGGAGAAUUUAAAGGCACAUUUCGAAUUUAUCCGUUACCAGAAGAUCCAAAAGAACAACUACCACUACGUUAUUUUGAGAAAUUAAGUGUAUCCUCAGAACCUGAAGAAUGUGUUCUACGCGUUUAUGUUAUACGUGCAAUUGACUUACAACCAGCUGAUGCUUCAGGACUUGCUGAUCCAUAUGUUGAAAUUAUUGUUGGACAGCAUAAAAUUAACUCAAAGGACAAAUAUAUUCCAAACACUUUAAAUCCUGAAUUUGGAAAAAUGUUCCAGCUGAAAUGUCUUCUACCAAUUGAAAAAGAUCUACAUGUUAUUGUCAAAGAUUAUGAUGCUGUCGGUGCAGAUGAUAUCAUUGGACAGACAUAUAUUGACUUAGAGAAUAGACGUUUAACAAAAUAUCGUGCUACAUGUGGUUUACCACAAUCUUAUUGUAUAUCUGGACCAAAUCAAUGGAGAGAUUCAAAAUUGCCAAGUGAAAUUCUGCUAGCUGUAUGCGAUAGUUAUGCGCUACCAGCACCACAAUAUGAAGAACCGACAGAAAUUAAACCAAGUCCAAGUUGUCGUGUUGGUCAACGCGUAUUUGUCCUAGAAGAUUUUGAACGUGGUAUGGUGCCUAAUCCACAUUUAGGUCCACCAAAAGAACGUCUGGCUUUGCAUAUUUUAAAUAAACUUCCAUUGGUAAAAGAGCAUGUUGAAACGAGAAUGCUGUUUAGUCCACUUCAGCCUAAUAUUGAACAAGGUAAAUUACAAAUGUGGGUUGAUAUCUUUCCAACUGUAUUGGGUGACCCUGGUCCACCGUUUGAUAUUUCACCAAGGCAACCAAAUGAAUAUGUACUACGCUUAGUUGUAUGGAAUACAUUCGAUGUUGUAUUAGAUGAGAAAUCGAUAACUGGUGAACGAAUGUCUGAUAUUUAUGUAAAGGGAUGGUUAGCUGGUUUAGACGAUCGUCAAAAAACUGAUGUUCAUUAUAGAUCAUUGAAUGGUGAAGGAAAUUUCAAUUGGCGUUUUGUAUUUCCAUUUUUCUACCUGCCAGCUGAAAAUAAUAUAGUUAUUAAGCGUAAAGAACAUUUUUGGUCAUUGGAUGUUACUGAACAACGUGUACGACCACAAUUAGUUUUACAAAUCUGGGAUAAUGAUCUAUUCUCACCAGAUGACUUUUUAGGCACAUUAGAAUUAAAUCUGUCAAAUAUGCCUAGUCCAGCUAAAUCACGUAGUAAAUGUGCACUGAAUAUGUUACAAUCGGUAGGGAAUGAAACGAAAAUGGUUAAUUUAUUUGAAUGUCGACGAUUGAAUGGAUAUUGGCCAUUUAUUAAUGAAGAAAGCGGUACACCGCUACUUACUGGUAAAAUUGAGAUGGAAAUGGAAUUGGUAACAAAAGGAGAGGCUGAACUUCGACCAGCUGGUAAAGCACGUGAAGAUCCAAAUGAAAAUCCUCAUUUAGAACCACCAAAACGUCCAGAAACCUCCUUCCUUUGGUUUACAUCACCAUGGAAAACAUUCAAAUUUAUUAUUUGGAAAAAAAUGAAAUGGAUACUUAUUGUAUUAUUGAUUGUUGUGCUUCUUGGCUUAUUGAUAGCAUUAUUCGUAUAUGCUAUACCUCCACUCCUUGCAAGAAAAAUGGUUGGUGUUUGA